AUGAGAAUCCUACAAGUAAUUGCAGGGUUUUGUAUGGUCACGUUCCCCUAUUUCCUGCUAUAUUUCAAAUUCGGACUGAAGGAUAACUCGAAUAAUUCGCACAUAUUCAGAUCGACGUUGUUCUAUUCCUUAGUUUCAGUGGCUUUGAAAGUGCUGCUAAUGGCAACUGGAGUGCCAGAGUUGCUGGCCAAAUUUUUACUACCAGAGAAACUGGUGUUGGCGCUGCUGGAAACAGUUUCGUUGGUCGGAAUUAAGUUCGCACUGACGUCAAAGGCCAGCCUGAGCGCAAAAUCAUCGCACAGAAUAAUCGCAGUUGGAAUGUGGUGGUCGUUCGUAAACAAUUUCGUAAGAUGCCUCUCCACAGUGUGGAAGGUACACAAGUCGUUGGACUACACAAACAAGUUCUUCUUCUUCUCGCUCAACGCGAACCUGAGUGUGGUGGCAAGCCUGUGUGCAUCAUGCCUAGUGACAAUGUACCUAAAGAACGGAAGGGCAGAACGAGAGCUGUGUGCACUGGUGGGAGCAUACAUAAUGUUGUUCCCAGUACUGCAAGUAUUCGCCUUCAACGAGGAAUCCGAUGUUAAUAUGACAAACAUAGUCGUAUUCGUGGUUCAGGCAGUGUCGGGAGUAGGAUUUGCAUAUUUCGUCAAGCACCACUAUAACAGCAAAUACACAAAUAAGCCGAAAAAAUAA